UUCAAUGUCACUAAGGUGAUUUUCGAAAAAUAUAUAUUUUUUAGUAGUAUGCGUCUCUCAGAAAUAAAUUGUGUAAACCUGAUUAUAUACAUCGUGAUAUUGUAGAGCGUAUAAUUGAAAUAAAAUUGAUCGAGUAGUUUCUACAACAAUUUAUUUUAAAAUAUCUUAUUUAUUUUUAUUUUAUACAUAUACUGCGAUAUUUUAUUAUUGACAGCGUAGAAAUGGAUUUGGUGCAAAAAUUGUUGUUAUUGUUGUUGUAAGCGAAUUAAUUAGAUCAACUUAUUCGGUUUGAGUUCUAUGUGCAUCGCUAACAAUGAUUCUGUAUUUGCAAUUAUAAACAUGUUUUCUCAAAUACAAAGAUUAAACGAUAAAUAAAAUGUAAGCGACAAUAUUUUUAUUUUCAAACAAAUUAUAUAGCUAAAGUGAUAUCGAAAAAUUAUCUGUACACACCGUUUUUCUGGUUGAAUUACAUAAUCACAUUCUCCAAUAAUUUCUCACUCGCGCAAAAACUGUCCGCAAAAAAAAACAAUUCGUCAUCCUAAAUAUUUUUCGAGGAUCUUCUUAGCUGUAGACUCUGUACUUUAUGUAUAUAAUCCGUUAUAACCUAUACUUUAUCGAAUGAAUGAUAGGAUUCUAUAGUCGGAGACUUCCCCCUUCCAGCUACAGUUAUGGUCAGCGGAAGACCGCAAAAUGAGGCCACGCAACGUGAAGAAAACUCCGGAUCUCUUCCAUUCCUUCAAUUCACUGAUGGAGGAAUUCGAGUGAACUUCGGAGGAUAUCACGCUGAGGCCGGACUAGGCGGUCUUCUACGAGGUGCAGGAACGGGUGGCCUUCACGCAAGUGUGGGAACCCCAUGGGGUGCGCAUGCAGGCGCCGGAUUAGGCGGUCAAGUAGGCGCAAAUGAUGGGACUCUCGGCGGCGGUCUGUACGCUCGUGCUGGACUUGGUCGAGGAAGACCGGAAGCGGCGGCCGGACUUGGCGGGCGAUUGGAUGGACGUUCAACGAAACCGAUUUCAGGUGGGAUGUAUGCAGGUGCGACACCAGGUGGUGGCCCAGGACCCGGCGUGUUCCUCGGCGGAGGUGUCGGCGCAGCUGGAGGUAUCGACGGAUUCGCGAGCGGCAGCGCAACUAAGGAAACCGAUGUGAAUCCACGUGCGACAGCCGACGCGGCAGCCGGCGCAGCAGCCAGCGCCGAUGGAGCUGCGAGCGAAACAAAGCCGAAGAAGGGUUACACCAAUAUACAGAUUAUUCCCUCAAGAGAAAAAAACGCGCAGAAGAAAAACGAGAAGGUGGCGCUUGAAGCUGCUGCGUCAGUUGACACGUUCGCGGACGAAAAGACCAAGUCGCAAGACAAAGAGACACGACGUGCAAUAAAUGCUGAAGUCGGUCUGGUCAAAUCGGCUUACAUUGGAGCGGCGCCAGUUGUCGGAGUUGUAAAAUCUGUGGAAAAACAAGUUGUAGUACCUGCAGCUGCUGCACCUACGCAGGCUACGAUUCAAGCAAACGCCACCAUCAAUGCAGUCACGAUACCUGAGAACAAUCAAAACGUCGUCGUCGGUACGAAGACUGUGUAUCCGCCUCGAUGGUAUUUCAGAAAGAGAUUUUGGGCCGCUCCCAGAAAAACGGUUUACGUUGGUCCAUCAGCGGCGAUCGAUACUCAGAGCUCACCUUCGGACGUGGUCGGCGAACUUUUCGCCAGCGCGGUGGGUAAUGACGGCGGCGCAAUCGACGCGAGCAAAACUUACACCGGCGGUGGCGCAAUUACCGCAAGCAAGACCUACACCAGCGGGUCUCUCUUCGAUGAUAUUUUUAACAUCCCAAUUUCUACUCUGGCAGCUGUUAAUCAAUUGUUGAAAAAUAACGUUGGCUGAAAAAUAACUCAUUGUGAACUCGUAUUCAAAAUUAUUUACUAUAUAAUUAGUUAGACUUUGGAACCAUCACUAUUCAAGAGCUAAGAUCAAGCGCUUUUUUGCAAGGUCCCCUGAAUAUAUUUAACAACGUCGUCAUUCGUCGUUGCUUAUAUUAAUUUUUUUUUUCGGCGGAUAUUUUCUCUCCUGCAUGCCAAACACGAGAUGUCCUUCUUGUGAUUCCCCGUACGUGAUUAGAUUGCGCUAGCAAGUAAUUUCGCAUAUUACGACAUUAUUUCUUUGUCCCUCAACCCACAAAUCAUCCAAGCAAAAUGUAUUUUAAUUACAAAAAUGUAUUUUAUUUUUUAUCUGACUUGUAGCAUUUUAAUAAAGUUUUAUA